AUGGGCUAGUCAUAAUUAGGCCCAUAUAAUUCAGACAAAUCAUUUUCAGUGAUUCGCUUUUAUCACGAUAAGCAGAGCUCCUUUAGUGAAGACAUCAAUCAAGAGUUCCUGAAUAAUGCCAUCAACUUUAGUCAUUGGCAUUUUAUGAUUCAUCAAUCUUUGAUUAUCAAUGGCUAUUUCUUUUCUAAUUGCAAACUCACACUUAAUUCAUCUUUAAAUCAUAACUACUCAAGAAUUACAUUACAAAAAGAAAACAAAAUUUUAACUUUUCAACAUGAGUUUGAAAGAGUGAGCAAUGACUUUCGAUUCAAAUAAAAUUCCAAUCCCACAAACACUAUAAUAGAGGAGGUCAACCUAAACGAGUUAUACAAAUAAUUGAACCUAUAAUAAUAGGAAAAUAUGUUAAUAUUGGAUAGUUUUGGUACUGCUAAUUCAACAAUUCAACCUUCUAUUAAUAGAGGAAGAUAAUUUAAUGAGGCAAAGUAAUUAUUCUAAUAAUCCUCUGAAGAAGAGGACUUCACAGAUUUUGAAGAUAAAAGUGAUUCAUAUAGUCCUAUUACUUCGAGAAUUCAAGAGAAUCAGAAAAAUCAAAUAAGAAAAAACCAUUUCCCUUCUGAUAGUGAUAGUGGAUAGGAAAUUCAUAAACCCAAUUACGCAUAAAAGUAAUCAAAUUAUUAAGAAUCACCCCUAUCUCUGAUAAAUCGCAAUAAAAUGGAAGACGAUUAACAGGAACAAGAAUUAGUUUACCAAAUAAAUUCUGAACUUAGAAAUCUAAAAAAUAAAAUAGAAAAGAAUAUUGGUCCUUCUUAUAAAAAUUUAGAUGUUUCUGAAGAAUAUACUACUAAUUAUUAAAAAUUAAUUGAAAAGUAGCGCAAUUAAAAAGCCAUUUCAACUUAAGGCAAUUCAUAACAAUUAUAAUAACAUUGUGGCGUUAAAUAUUAAUCUAAUAGCUCUACUAAUUUGAAUUAUAAAAACGAACAUCCAAAAUAAUACUAGGUUAAUUAACUCAUACCUAAGGAGAAAGAAUACCAAAAACCACCAGAACAAAUUAAACAUAUUUCAGUAAAAAUCAACUCUAAUAAAAUGCCUACAUAUUCUCAAAAGCAAAAAUCACCGAACACAAGAGAACCACAAAUUCCUUUCUCUUCACAACAGAUAUUGAAAUCUCCUAGAGAUCCUAAAUAAGUGAGCACUUUGAAUCACACUACUGGCUCUGAAUCAGAGCUUAAUUUAAAUACUUACAAAUCGAAAAACCCAUAACCACAACCAAUAAACAUAAAAAUAGAUUUAAAAGCUAUGACAAAAAAACUAGGGUGA